AUGACACGUCAUUCGAAAAAUUCGACAGCAAAUGCUGUUUAUACUUAUCAUGAAAAGCAUAAAGAUUCAACGACAGGAGGUUAUGGCACAACACAAAUGCGUCUGAGUAAAGAUGCUAUCAAAGAGUUCGAUUGCUGUAAUUUAACUCUUCAACCAUGUCGCGAUCCGGUUAUUACAAAAGAUGGAUAUCUGUUUGAUAAACAAGCUAUACUUGAAUAUAUUAUUCAUCAAAAGAAACUCAAUGCACGUAAAAUGCGUGAAUAUCAAAAACAACUUGACCGUAAACAACAGGAGAUCGACGAACAAAAUGCCAAUGAUCGACAGAAAAAGAUCAAUAAAUUUCUUGAAAAAGAGGCAACUUACUCUGUCAAUCAAUCCGUUAAAACUCUUCUUUCAUCAAAAAAUCCCGAACAAUCCAUGUCUUCGAUUCUCGCAACACCCAUAUCAGCAGCAUCAGGAAACGAUUCGAGAACAACUUCGACAAGGAUCUCAACCAAUGAUGCUGACGAUGAUGACAACGUACCUGAAACUCCGCUGUCAACAGCAAGUUCAUCAUCGCAGAUGAAUAACAUGGACGGUAGUCAAGCGAAACAAUUGCCAAGCUUUUGGAUUCCAUCGUUGACUCCAGCAGCAAAAAAAUCAGAUAUAAAAAAACCGGAUCAACAUGUUUAUUGUCCAAUAUCUGGCAAGCCCAUCUCAAUGAAAGAUAUGAUUGAUGUCAAAUUUAAAUUAGCUAAUGAUGUCGAUCCAAAAAAGCGACCCUUAGUCGCCGUACGUGAUCGAUACGUAUGCGCUGUGACUGGUGAUGUUCUUGGUAAUUCUGUACCUUGCGCAGUUUUACGAACAUCGGGUAAUGUCGUUACUAUGGAUUGUGUGAAUCGACUGAUUAAAUUAGAUAUGGUCGACCCGAUCACGGGUGACAAACUAACGGACAAUGACAUUAUUCCAAUGCAACGUGGUGGCACUGGUAAGAAAAUGAGAUCUAUUCAAUGCGGUGAAACGCAUGAUGAAUAUUUACGUUUUCUUUCAGGAUAUUCGGGAUCAGGUGUGCAACUGGAUGCGAAGUUACCGACGCCUGCAAUGCAGUAA